CGACCGAUCUUUUCCAUCUCUAACCUGAUUGUUCGAUUUUUGAUGGAACAGACGAAGGAGACUUGUGCAAUAAAAGAGCAGCAUUCAUCUGUUGAGUUGCAACAACGCAGCAUUUUUGGACGGUGGAGCUAGACCAGAAAAAAGGGGGAGGGAGAUUUCGUUUCAGGUGACUGAGUCGCGACAGAUGUACACGGCAUGUGUGGACAAGCGAACUGUUUCCUGAAGCGCCUGACACCGAAUUAGCUCCAUUCAAUAGCUGGAAUAUUUUACAGAGUGAGCACAAGUAACUUAUCAAUCCCUCUUAUUAUUUGUACUUGGCGGAUUGUCUCAAGAAUCAUGAAUAUGUCUCCCCCAGACCGGAGGAAAAACAUACGAGAGUUGGCUUUGGAGAUUGGCAUUCGAGUUCUGCUCUUUGGAGUUUUUGUAUUCACAGAGUUCCUGGAGCCCUUUGAGAGAGUGAUUCAGCCAGAGGAACUGUGGCUCUAUAAAAACCCUCUGGUGGAGUCGGACCACAUCCCCAAGAGGGUCAUGUUCGCAAUUUCAUUUCUCACACCUUUGGCUGUGAUAUUCGUCGUGAAGAUCAUUCGGCGGACAGAUAAAACUGAAAUUAAGGAAGCGUGUCUUGCUGUCUCACUGGCUCUGGCCUUAAAUGGAGUCUUCACAAACACUAUCAAGUUAAUUGUUGGCAGACCGAGACCAGACUACUUCCAGCGCUGUUUUCCGGAUGGGCAGGUCAAUGUUAAGAUGCUGUGCACCGGAGAACCGGACCUGGUGUCAGAGGGACGCAAGAGUUUUCCCAGCAGCCACUCUUCCUUUGCGUUCUCUGGCUUGGGCUUCACCUCCUUCUACCUGGCUGGGAAGUUACAUUGCUUCACAGACCAGGGCCGUGGGCGCAGUUGGCGUCUGUGUGCCAUGCUGCUGCCACUCUACAGUGCAGUGAUGAUUGCCCUAUCCCGCACCUGUGACUACAAACACCAUUGGCAAGAUGCCUUUGUUGGUGGGGUGAUCGGCCUGCUCUUUGCCUACAUAUGCUACCGGCAGCACUACCCCCCUUUCCUGCACAUGGACUGCCAUUUGCCUUACGCCAGUAUCACCAAAGCAACCCACCUCAUCUCCGCCCAGGGUGACCCCCUGGCCCUGCCCACCGAGAAUGCCACAAGCCUGCCUCUGAAGGGGCUUUCAGAGGGGCCUGUAUGACUCCUGCCCACCCUUACCUCCAGACCCUUGCCUCAGCCCCAAACCCAGAACACCUAACUGCCUACCCCUCACUUAAACAGACUGACAAGCUAGCACUUACACAUUCCAAGGGACAGUAGUACUGUACACCCCCCCCCCCCCCCUUAACAUUUUUCCCUCCACCCUCACCUUGCAUUUGUUUGGCCUGGCUUAAUCACACACCCUUUCAGGGUUCCAUAUUUAGAGAGUCUGUGUAUGUGCAACAAUAGGAAAGUCCUGUGUAGCUCAUUUGGGAAGAGCAUGCCACUUGCAAUGCCAGGGUUGUGGUUUCCACACUAUGGAAAUGUUGUGAAACAGUAAGUCACAAAGUAUUGUCAUCCUUAAUGAAAUGGAAAAAGUAAACAGCACAAACAACGAGUCACCUUCUGGUCUCAAACAUGAGGUGGAGCCCUAUACUUUCAUUCAACUCAACAAGUAUUGUCACCUGUCAUGAAGUUGAGUAAAUGUAAAAAAAAAAACAACACUGAGUCAUAUUCUGGGCUCAAACAUAGUUGGGAACUGUAUAUUUUUAUUUCAACACUUUCAUUUCUCAAACCCAAAACAAUUAUUCAGUAGUACUAUUAUUUCUGCAAAACUUUAGUUUCUAAAGUAUUGGCACCCAUUCAAUCCAUCAGUGUUAUGUCUCCCCUGGAGUGAGUAACAGCACUGAACCUCUCCCCGCAAAGCCUGCAGGUUGGUGUGCACUUUUGGAGGGUUCUUAGACAACUCCUCAGUAGAGCACAUCCUUUCAAGAACCUUGAUAGUCUUAGGUUUGCGCUUAGGUUUUUGCUCCAAUUGUAUCUUCAACAUGCUUUAUAAAGUUCAGGUCCAGAAACGUGUGGGUUGGGCUCAUUACAGGAUUGUUUCUACCAACCCUUCGAAAGAACUUGUUGACAUGGAGGUGGGUUCUAACCGUUGAUGUUGAGAAUUCCACUAGUCAGUGCCGUUCUGAGACUGUGAUCCUUGGAUUAGAUCUUUGCCUCUCUCACCAUCUUCCUCUCUGUGUUCUUACCCUAUUCAACAUUUGCAACUAUUCCAGACUUCUGAAAUUUUUGAUCAUUGCCCUGAUUUUGCUAAUUGGUAUUUUCAAGUGUUUAUCUAUUUUUAUAUAUGCUUUACCAGAUCAGUGUAUGUCAGCAAUCAUCUGUCUCUUUUCAGUUGACAGCUCCUUGGUUUUACCCAUGGUGAUGGAUGACCGGGAUUGUACAUAGCAUGUAAUCUCGUAUUUAUACCCAAGGCAAACAGGAACAGGUGAAAGGUAUUAAUACAGUUCCUGGGCACUGAAUAUAGUAACGGAUACAGUUCCAGCCUAGAAUAUAGUAACGGACACCACAUCAAUUAUUUGAAAUAUUCUUUAGGUUUGAAACCUAUGUUUUGCAGAAAUAAUCAUACAACACAAUACAAAUGUUUUGUGUUUAAAUAAAAAUAUUCAGUUCCUACCUUUGUUUGAGGCCAAAAUACGACUCAUUGUUUUUUAUUUUUUACAUUUACUUUUGCUCAACUUCAUGACAGGUGACAAUGCUUGUUGAGUUGACUGUGUAUGGAUAUAUCAGGACACUACCGGUUGCAAAUAAAAAUAUAUAUAAAAAUUAACAGGGGCAGGUUGAGCAAAAGCAACAUUAAACAGCUGUGACAAAUUACUGUGUCAGUGAGCUGCUCAAAUGUUAUGGUAGGACCGAGGAUGCUCAUUAGAAGUGGCCGGUCUGUCCCUGAUCCCGUCAGUACAAUCGAGUGACCAUGCUAGGCAGCUGGGUGGCAGGUUGAUGUUGAAUUGGAAGGAAAGAAGAGCGCCUGGUAGUAAUCCCAUUAAAUGUCACAGCAAUGGAACUUUAGGUGUCACAGCUCCCCAGUAUGAUUUAUGAGAUACAAUAACUUAGCACAUCAGCAGUAAGGGAAUUCAGGCAACAGAAUCUGACUGAACAUUUAGAGCACAUAUCCACUGUAAAGAAUGUAUGGUAAUGUUGUCAGAAUUGUCAUCAGUUAGCAUUAUAUUAGCCUCUGCCUGGGUCUUUAGACCCACAAAGCAGGUUAUAACAUUGCCUCCAUCUCUUCUGUCGCUGGUUGUCCAUGGCAACAUAAUUAUAAACAUAGCCAGAAUUAAUUCAUGGAGAGAAGCAUUGUUCCUUGGCAAGGCCAAUCUUACGAUAAUUUCUCUUUUCCUAAUUCCUACCAAUCUUUCUAUCUGUUUCUCCCUGUACUGUUUCUCUCUAUUUUCUAUCCCCCCCUAUCUCUCUUUACUCUUACCUUAUCUUCCCUCUCUCUGCCUCCACAAUCUCCCCCGCUCCAUCUCUUAUACUCGCUCACACUUUCCUUGGUGUUGGCUGACUGGAUGUUUAAUGUUUCUUGCACUGAGGUUGAUCCUGGAUUUGAAUACAGAUUAAAGCUCAAAGAGGGCAAUCAAUAACGUGAAGGUGGAACUGGUAUGGUGGAAGUGCGUUGAGCCGGGCAUAAACUCCAAUCUGAUCCUGCAUUAAUCCUCAUUAUGUUGGGUUAGGCAGCCUGGCUCGUGAGGACAUUAGAGCCAAAUGAAAAUUAAGCGGCACCAAAGACUGCCCCAGCAUUGUGAAUAGAUUUUUGUCUCAGUGGCCUCCCCAAAAAUUAAACAAUAUACAAUUCUAGAGGGGUUAGGGUCUUUAUCAAGGGAGCUGUUCCUGGAUGCUAUUUAUGUUAUUAAUCUUUGCUAACUAUUCAGUGUUGAAUUUUGCCAAGCCCAGGUUUAAGGCCAAUUUAUUGAUUAAAUAAAACGCCAAGCAACUUAGUUCUCUCAUGUAAGUAACUGCAACUUAGUGUGAUAACAUUCCCAUUGUUAGUCAUCAAACUGAUUUGUCAAUGUACUAUGAAGAGUUUACCCUAAUAAGACAAACUGGGAUACUUCUCUCACAGUUGAGGUAUAGGGUACCACUGCUGUGACAUGAGAAAGAUGAGAUGAGCUGAACUGUUUAUUGCCUGUUCAAUUCCAGUCAUUCUCACCACCAUUCCAGAAUAAAGAACUCCCAUUUUGAACCAUUGUCCACCAAAAUAGGAAAACAAAAGACUGUUUCUGCUUGCAACUUCAUACCAUUAUGACUGUUCCCAAUGAUCUGUAUGUAGUCUGACUUUUCCAAAACCUCAUUAAAACGAGAUGGGCUAUUUUACAUUGUGGCUGUUACAGAAAAGAAUCACAGUCAUAAUCAACAAUCUCACAAAAUGGUACCUAUUGUCAGAUCUUUAAAUGUUGGCGUGGGUGUGUCUGAUUGAUAGGAUUCACCAGCAUUGGACAAAGACUGUGCUUUUGGUGCAAUAACAUUGUAACACAGAGCAAAACAAGUUUGGCGUGAGCCAUUCGUUAAGGCCAUGAUGGGUGGGUUUUUGUAAAGGUGCUAACCACUGGACAUCAGUAUAUCCAAGUAGAGGACUGAGUAUUUAUCUGCCUUGCUAAAAGUUGAUCCAGCUGAUGCACGAAAGUCUAGAACUUUCAUGUAUGUCUUUGCCCUACUUAUUGCAAUGAAGUGUUUUAAGGUGUGCAUAUCCUCAAGCUUAAAAUGUAACAUCUAAAGUUCUGUUGCUGGGAUCAUUAUCAGAAAUCUCUUUGUAGUUUUGGAGCCUUUUGGAGCCACAAAUUACUUUAUCAUUUUCCAUUUUCUUAAUGUAGCAUUAUGUUUGCAGCAAAAAAGGUGUUUAUGUGUCUUGAAAAUGUAUGACGUGAUAAAAAGUAGACUACAAAAAUAGGUGAUUGUGAAUAAAUAUUUAAGGGCAAAAUUGCUGUUCAUUAGAGUACAAUGAUGUGUUGCUUAAUUUUUAUGUUUUACUUUAUGUUUUAUUUUUUUCUUCUAAAUUUUGUAGAAUUUAUUUGGAAAAUGCAACCAAACUGAUGUGAAUAACUGUCUUUUGAGAAACAAAAUAAGAAAGUAUCAUUAUUAACCAUGGCAUGCAAAUUCCAUUUGUAAAAAGAGACUAUUUUCUAUCAAUAAGCAUGUCUGGCCUUGAGAGCACUUUGGAAAUGUGUUUUGCUGUUUGUAGUAUACUUUAUGUGCAACAAAAGUAGUGUCUGCAGCUGUGAAAUUCCUCCAUGAAAAGAGAUAUUUGAAAAGGGUCCAUAUGUUUGCUUCAUUUGUUGAUAAGUGUCUACAGACCUUCCUUUAUGGGCAAGGAAAUCUUAAAGUUGCAAAUGUGUAGACACAACAUGAAUCCAUUAAAAUUUUUAGGAUACAUUUUAGGAUGUUACUGAAAAUGCAUUUGAAUAGAUUUUUUAAAUAUCAUUACAAUUUUAUUUUAAAAUAUGCAACUAAAUAAUACGCAUUAUGUCCCAAAUGAAAUAGGUCUUCAGUUCUUAUCUGUUUAUUUUCUUUCUCCAGUACAGUCAUUGUCAGACGAGAGCUUAGAAGUGACAGAGUCGUGUGUGUGAGUGUGUGUUAUUCUGUUUUAAGUGACAGUGGGUGUGUGUUGUGUUGUUCUACAUCAGUCCGUCUACACUAUUAUUUGGGGUGUUUUCAAUAAAUCGAAUGAUAUGCUUAUCAAUGUUGUAUCUGGAUUUACUUUUUUCCUGUGAAGUGGAAUAUGUAGAUAUUUUUCAGAGUGUACCGUGUGCAAUUAUACUGUGUUAGAAGUAUCUGUGAAAGUGGCAUGAGUGGUUUUUGGGUGAGGUGGGGGAUUCAACAGAAUAUCAUUAUUCUGUAGAAUAUCAUUAUUACUGUGUGUCUAUGUAUACAUGCUGUGAAACAAUCCACAUGGGACUGGAGUAUAUAUCGCUCACUGGCUAGCCUAUUCCUUGUCAC